AUGGCUAGUACUAGCUGUUGGUUCUUGUUCUUCGCCUCGGUUUGGAGGCUGCCACCGAUGCUGGCCGGAGCUGAGGAGCAGCAAGGCGAAGGCUGCUCAGCCAAGAGGUGCGGCAACCUCACCAUCUCUGACCCAUUCUGGCUCUCUGACCAGGAGGCGGGAAGAUCGUGUGGUUCCCAGGACUACGAGGUCGCUUGCCAAAACAAUGGUUUUCCAGGUCUACGGAGCUCUGUACCUUCGAGCUCCGGCUUUGGAAUCAUCGAUAUCUCUUAUGAGGAAAACAGUUUGCGCGUGGUUGAUCGAGGCCAUCUGGAAUUACUGCAAGCCUCCAACAGCUGCCAAGUAAUGAUAUUUAACACCUCCGUCAAACUGGCCGAACCUUUUAGGAUCGACCCUGGCAACCUGAACCUCAUCUUGUACAACUGCACGGAGGAGGCAGCGGUUGCGGCUGCGGCACGCCGGGACAGAGACCUGAUGCAGACGAGCCUGAGAUGUGGGAACGAGAGCAAGAUGUUUGUUCGCACGGGAGUGCGUUACGACGCGACCGGGAACUAUGGCGGCUACGCUUUGGAGGGCUGCAACGCUGUGGUCACUCCGGUGCUUGGCUCAUCGUCGGGCCAGACGAACGCGUCCGACUACAUGCAGCUCAUCAACGAUGGCUUUCUCUUGACAUGGGAUCCGCUCCCUCUCGCAGCACCUGUACGUAAGUUCUCACGCCAAAAUCAGUCAUCUUCCUUCUCUCCUCAUCGCCCCUUAUUAUUUGCUUUCAGGUGUUGAACUAAUUAUCCAUGAUUAAUUACUGGAACUCAUGAUUUGCAUUACUUGAGGAACUUAUUAUGUCAAGAAAGCUCAAAUGCUGAAUCCUGGAACA